CUGGCGCGCCUUCUCUCUGCAGUGACAAAACCGCAGCAGUAGUAGCAGCAGCUCUGAUCUCUGCCUUCUCAUUUUCUGUUGAAUGCUGCCAGCUGCAACUUUUGUCACAUCACAGCUGCCGGUGGUUCCUUCUCACACACAAGCUCAUUCAAAGUCAAGAGAGACGUUUGGAUGAUGUCACAUCCGUGAACAAGGAUCCCUUUAACCAAAACGCAGCUCGGCUUUUCGCUGCUUGCGUGCCCACAAACUUUUUCCUUCUUGCAGUGACGAGGUUUCUCCCCGCUGUCCAUAUGGCAUGCGUAACGGGGACCAGUGGAUGGAUGUACCCCCCUCCUCUACAGGAAGCCACGGUUGUUACCAGAGCAUAGUGGACCUGGUAGCACGAGCACUCGGACAAAAAACUUGCGUGAUUGUUUUUUGUUUGUUUGUUUGCUUGCUUGUUUGUUCGGGGCGCGGAGGAGGUGGAGGAGGGAUACGUUGUAGCAGCCGGCAGAAUGUGGUCGCUGUCCGUGGUCCUGAAUCCGCUGCUGUUUCUCCUGGUGUUCGGAUACUGCCCUACGGUGACCAUCAGGCCAAAGGAAGGGUGGCAGGUGUACAGCUCAGCUCAGGAUGCAGAUGGGCGUUGCAUCUGCACAGUGGUGGCUCCUGAACAGAAUCUGUGCUCCAGAGAUGCCAAAGGCAGGCAGCUCCGCCAGCUCCUGGAGAAGGUGCAGAACAUGUCACAGUCAAUCGAGGUGCUGAACCUGCGUACGCAGAGGGACUUUCAGUAUAUCAUGAGAAUGGAGAGCCAGAUCAAAGGACUGCGGUCAAAGUUCCGGCAGAUCGAAGCAGAUAGGAAGACACUCGUCAACAAAAACUUUCAGGAGCUAAAGGGGAAAAUGGAGUCCUUGCAGCCGCUGAUCCCAGUCCUGGAGCAGUACAAGACAGACGCCAAGCUCAUCUCCCAGUUCAAAGAGGAGAUCAGAAACCUGUCUGGUGUGUUGAUGGGCAUUCAGGAGGAGAUGGGAGCCUAUGACUACGAGGAGCUGCAACAAAGGGUCCUAAACCUGGAAAAUAGGCUUCGCAACUGUAUGAGUAAACUCACAUGUGGCAAGUUAAUGAAGAUCACCGGCCCACUGACGGUGAAAACUUCAGGCACCAGAUUCGGAGCCUGGAUGACCGACCCACAGGCAUCUCCCAAAAACAAUAGGGUCUGGUACAUGGACAGCUACACCAACAACAAGAUAGUAAAAGAGUAUAAGUCCAUCGCUGAUUUUGUGUCAGGAGUUGAAUCCAGAACCUACAAUCUGCCUUUCAAAUGGGCUGGAACAAACCACGUGGUAUACAACGGCUCUCUGUACUACAACAAGAUGCAGAGUAACAUCAUCGUGAGGUACAGCUUCGAGACAGGUCGCGUGGUCACGCAGAGGGCUUUGGAGUCGGCAGGCUUCCAUAACGUGUAUCCGUACACCUGGGGAGGCUUCUCAGACAUUGACUUGAUGGCAGAUGAGCUGGGACUGUGGGCCGUGUAUGCAACAAACCAAAAUGCUGGCAACAUCGUCAUCAGCCAGCUGAAUCCGGACACGCUUCAGAUCAUCAACACAUGGAACACAGAAUACUCAAAGAGGAAUGCAGGCGAGUCUUUUAUGAUCUGUGGGACUCUCUACAUCACUAAUUCCCACCUGACGGGAGCCAAGGUGUACUAUGCCUACUCCACUAAAACAUCCACAUACGAGUAUACAGACAUACCCUUUCAUAACCAAUAUUUUCACAUGUCUAUGUUGGACUACAAUGCCAGGGACCAUGCCCUCUACGGUUGGAAUAAUGGCCACCAGGUGCUGUUUAAUGUUACACUUUUCCACAUCAUUAAAACUGAGGAUGACUCUUAG